UCUGUCUUUUUCAAUUUCAUUUCCAUUUCCAUUCCAUUGUUCACCUACGUGUCUGUUAAAUUCAAUGGCGGUGCCAAUGCUAAAUCAAUUCGCACAGGGAGUCACCGCAUUAGACCAGCCCCAGCACCCAUCAAAAUACACCGAGGACUAAAGGAAGUCCAAAAUCAGAAGAAAAUCGUCGAGGAAAGGGUUUUUGCCGCAAACCUGAUCCGCCAGACUGAGAGACACAAGGAGAUACACACUCUUCUCUCCAAGAUGCAGCUCCGCACCACCAGAGACCAAGCUCUGCCAUGCAAGAUAAUUCCUUACCCUGAGAAUCCUCGCUCUCGUGGGAGAGUGGACACCCUGCAGCUUAUUGAAUCGCAUCUCUCCAAUGCAAAAUCCGGGCAGUCGUCCCUGGCCUUGCACGGCAUGGGAGGUGUGGGCAAGACCCAGCUUGCUUUGAAAUACAUCUACAAUAAUUGGGACAACUACCCUGUUAUACUCUGGGUACAAGCCGCAAAAUUGUCUGAAUCCUACAUUACCGCCGCCAAACAGCUCAAUCUAGUACCAGAAGAUUCAGACAAGGACGCCAAUGCCAUUGCGACGAUUUUGAAAAAUUGGCUUGGGGAAACCUCGGAGAAGUGGCUCAUUGUGUACGACAAUGCCGACGAUAUUGAGGUUUUGAAGCCUUAUUGGCCACCUGGAAACAAAGGUGGUAUACUCAUUACGAGUCGCAAUGCUGGAGCAGCAAGGGUAGCGGGAUCUGGAGCUCACACCGAAGAUAGUGAUCCGGAGGAUCAUGAUCCUGAGUUAGUGAGCGAAUGCGUAAAGCUACUAGGAUAUCUUCCUCUUGCCAUCGCUCAAAUCUACGAAUCCUUGUAUCAAGGAGGCAAAGCAAUUUAUAACCUCUCAACUUCGACCGUUAAUCUCUUCUACGAGCAUACACUCAUGACAGUUUGGCGUAUCUCUAUUACACGUCUAAGCCAAGAAGCCUCUAGGCUCCUCGAGAUCCUCGUGUAUUUUGAUCCUGACACCAUUCCAGAUCAGCUUUUCUUAGAAGGGGCCAAGAACAAUCCAGGCUUAGAAUUCCUCAGCGGCCGACUGUCAUACCUUGAUGCAGUAUCUGAACUCCUCCGGCAAGGACUUGUGAUGACAACCAGAUCCAAAAAAGGAUCCACGCCGGGCAAAUUUGCGCGUGGGCUGUCGGUGCAUAGAUUGGUGCAAGAAUCCGUGUUCUACCAACUCGACGCACAAGGACGGAGCGAACGGUUCAAAGAUGCACUGACUGUCCUCGUGGGCGCCUGGCCCACAAACGCAAAGAAUCCCUUCAGAAUGAAUGCCCUUUGGAGCACCUGUGCCCUAUACCUACCACACGUCGUGACGCUAGAAGCACGAUAUCGCGAGAGCUCGACUAUUGAGCCACCUCCACACAUGAUCCGCCUGAUAUUUCUCGCAUCGUGGUACAUGUACGAGCGGCGCAUGUCCGAGUUCGCACGCCCGCUGCUUGACACUGCGCUGAAUAUUUGCGCUAGAGGUGGCAAUGUAGACCCAUUCUACCCCAAAGUACUGACGACCUACGGCUGCAUUAAGUUCGAGAUGGGUCAUGUGGACUCAGGAAUUUCAGACUGCACGAAGGUGGUAGACUUAUAUCAACAGCGCGAAAAGCCACGAGACUUCCUCAAGGCGACCGCACUCUCGGAUCUGGGCUGGAUGUAUGUCGACAAGGGCGACCUGCCGAAAGCCAUCGAGUUGUAUCAGAAAGGGCUCGAGAUUGCCAACGAGAUUGACAACGAGGCCGAGCGGCUAGACUGGUCAGUACACAUUGGGCACAGUCUAUCGCGCGCCUACAUCGAGCUAGAGCAGCCUGAGAAGGCGCUUGAGCUUCAAUUCUCGCACGGAGACGAGUUCGCGUGCGGUUUGAUCAGUGAGUGUAGUCAGCGCGGGGCGCUGUUCCUGUACGGCAUCGGCAAUGCACAUCUAUCACUCGGACGAAAGAAAGGCAUCGAGGGGGCAGAGGAACGGCGAAAAGGCCUAGAAUACCACAUGCGUGCGUUGAAGGCGCGCAACAAGGUUUGUGGCGACCAUUACAUUACAGCCAUAUCGUUGCAUAAGGUUGGCGUGGUCAUGCACGAAAUAGGAAAACUGGAAGCGGCCGAGAGUACCCUCGAGCGAGCGGCUAGGAUCCUCCGGAACGAAUUUGCUGCCGACGGCGAGAGGUCAAGGACACUGUAUCACCUGUCACUAGUCAAGUCGAAUCUAGGGAAAGACAAUGAAGCCGCACAAUUGUUGACCGAUGCAUGGCAACAUCGUGAAAAGCUGAAGGGGGAGGCAAGAAAUCAUAUCAAUGAAAAGGACACAGCCGGGUUUGACAAGAUGGUCAUCUAUUUCCAUAAUUGA